AUGGCAAGUACGGUCAAGCAGCCUGUCGCGGUUCGCGUCACGCCCAUCGAGAAUGUGUCCCACCUAUACAAGGAUGCCACCGCUCCGCAGUUCGUAGCGAACGAUACCGACUUUCAAAUCGAGUUUGCGGACCUCGAGGGCAGAACCGUGCUACAGGAACCUUCGCGCAAGGUGGUUAUGUGUUACGUAGACCGGACAACCACGGCGCCGCCACCCGCACCGCCGCAGCCGACGCCGAGCGUUAAUGUCACAUUGCAGCAGCCGCAAGCUCCGCCUCAGCUGGUGGUACAGCCUGCGGCGAUUACCAUCGCGUCUGUUCAACGAACUUCGCGACGUUGCGUCACGUUGUUGCUGUCCAUCUUUAUGAUUCUGUUCGUCUGUGCUGCGAUUGCGUUUGCGGCUCGCAGCAAGCUCAUGAAAGACUGA